CACGUGUCUUUCUCACUGGAUGGCAACAUGGCCACAAAACUACCAUCUCAAGAGGAAUUUGAGAACUGGACAGCUUUUCAAGUUGCAGAUCUCCUGAGACAGUUUGGAAUGCCUGAAUCUGCUGUGGUUGUAGAAAAAGUGGGCAUGAAUGGAUAUCAUUUCUUGAAUAUAUCAGAUUAUGAGCUGAGCCGAUUCAAAAUAAUGCACCAGCCGAAGCUUCAAAAGAUGGUGCAUGACAUCAAGAAAAAUGAAAGUGGUAUAAUAAACAAGUUCAAAAAGUUCCAAAAUGAACAAGUGGCCUUAAUUUGCAAAACUGGGAAAGAUACUUGGGAUAGGUUUACAAAAAAACCUCCACCAAGUCUCCCACAAAGGGACUAUGCUUCAGAAUAUGCAGACAAUGAAGAGGAACAAUGGUCAGAUGAUUUUGACAGCGAUUAUGAAAAUCCUGAUGACCACUCUGACUCCGAGAUGUAUGUGGUCCCCAGUGAAGAGAACCCUGAUGACAGCUAUGAGCCACCUCCAAGCGAGCAGGAGAAAAAGAAGAUUCCUUCCGCGUUCCCUAUUUCUAGGGGUGAAUAUGCAGACAAUCGCACCAGUCACCAGCAGCUUCCUCCUAUCAACAAACCUCUCCCAAGUACACCCAGUCCCGCCAUGUCCAGACCAAAGAAACCAUCUGUGCCAUCCCUGCCAUUGCCGUCUCCUGCUGCAAAACCAAAAGUACCACUGAAGCCCAAGGAGUGUAGUGAUGAUGAGGAUAAUUAUAUUGUGCCAGUGGACAAUGAUGAUAACUAUAUCGAACCCACAGAAAGCAGCACGUCAGUACCUACAAGAUCUCCUGUGAACAGAUUUACGAAGACAACAAAGCCAGCCCCCCCUAUUUCUCCAAAGCCUUCUCUUACUUCUGAUACACAAGAAGUCUACGAGGUUCCUGAAGAAGAGGAAAAACCAACACCACCACCAGUAAACAGGUUCAGUAAGCUACUUCCAUCUAUGCCCGCUCAGAAUACGGAGCACUCCCACAUGAACAGCAUGACCAGAGAGUCACCUAAGCCAGGUGAUAGGAAUAUUUUGCCUGUUCCCAGAAAUCGUCUUCAUCUAAAAGCAGACCACGAAACAAACAAUAAUGAUGAAAAUCAUAGCUUCAGUAACACACAAGAAUCCAGACUUCCCACUGGAGCAGCUCCAUCUCCUUUACCAAGGGGCCUAAAGAAAACUUCCAAUGCAGUAAAUUCAUCAAGACCGUGUUUACCUUCCAGGGAAACCCUAACUGCAAAUGAAGACAAACCUACGGCAGCAGAACGACGGCGAGGUUCCAGCCAAGAGCUUCCGCUUCCACCCCUUCCAAGCAGUGCCCAAAAGCCUCUGUUCCAAAAGUCUUCAGUUCUGACAAAAGUGCCAGAAGCUGCAAACCGUUCUCUGGGUACUUCCCCUCACAGCAGCAUUGCGUCUAUUUCUACUGCAGACCAGGAUGCCGGUGUUCACAGUAAAGCAUGGUAUGCUGCUACCUGUGACAGGAAAACAGCAGAAGACACAUUGUACCGCUCAAACAAGGAUGGAUCUUUUCUAAUAAGAAGGAGUUCUGGACAGGAUUCACGGCAACCAUACACACUGGUGGUGUUUUACAACAGGAGAGUAUACAACAUUCCUAUACGGUUUAUUGAAUCAACAAGACAAUAUGCACUGGGCAGAGAAAAAAGUGGUGAAGAGCGCUUUGACAGUGUUGCUGAAAUAGUAGAGAAUCACCAGCACACCCCCCUGGUUCUAAUUGACAGCCAAAACAACACAAAAGACUCGACAAAACUGAAACACAUUGUAAGAGUUUCUUAAACUGAACUGGUAAAAUGAAGACUUUUAAAGUGAUUUCAACAUCUCAAAACAUCUGGAUUGAGUAUUAAAAGAAGAAAAUACAAAAUAAUGGAAAAUACUCUUUAAGAGCACAUAGUGAGUAGUAAGAGAUGCAGUUUCUGAAGUUCAACUCAAAGUUAUUUUUAUCAGAAAAGCACAUGUAUUUAAUACAACAAGCCAAAGCAGGUAUACUCAUCUGUGACUUCCACCUGCAACAACACAGGUAUUCCAAGUCACGUGAAGAGAAACUGCAUACCCCAGCCUGGUCCUGACUGCUAUUUAAAGAUAGGUUCCCUUUAGGAACAACCCCAGUGAUCCACUCUUUCCAUUUCUUACAUGUACCACAGAUCACCGUUUUCAGCAAUUUCUUCAUAAAGUGCACAGCCCCAGGAGUUACAGCAACUUGACCUAAUGUACUGUUGUGUACAGCUGAAAAUAGGACUGUACUUCAUGUGAUUACUGUCAAUAAAGCUGCCUGAAGGUUUUAGAUUAAUGGACAUGUGUUUGUCCUCUUCCUUGGCUUUACUCUGUUUCAUUAAUAUUUUUGUAUUUUCAAAUGUGCAAAUAAAAUUGAAAAUUAAAAAUCAUGUAGAGUCCAUAGUGUCUAGAGGCAUUGCUUAGCAUCCUUCCAGCAGGAAAGCAAUUCACUAUUGUUUUACUGCAUAUAUUUGUCUGUGUUCUUAAGUUAGAUUGUUAUGAAAACUAUCACUUUUUACAGCUUUAGCAUAUAUAUUUGGCCUAAUUGCUGUCAAAUCUUCUGUCUUCAGCUUGCCUGCUGUUAGUGACCCA